AACCAGCGAUUAAAUAAUACCGAUGUGGAACAAUCCAGAAUGUGACGUUGGGGUACAAAUCUUCCGUUAAUGUCCACGUGAAAAUACUUUGUAUUGUUUAGCGUUUCGACAACUGGUUAAAUGUUAGAGAAGACGGUUUGAAUCAAAUAAAAUGACCAUGUCUUUUGCCUGUGCAACGUUAUGUCUGCGAUGCAGAGGGCUUCUUUUCCCAAAGAGUAGCGCUCAUCUGUACUAUGUUCAAGGUCAACAUAGUAUGAGGGUGGGCAAAUCUGCCAGAAUUAGUAGCAGAUUGUUAUCUGGAGGAAAUCACACAGCAGCUCAGACAAGACUGAGCUGGAAACAACAACCAUCCUACUACUAUGAUUUUACAGCAAAAUAUCUGAUGACUGAGGCGAAGGAAAGCAAACAUACUGAUGUUUUGUCCAGAACUGACCUCAGUGAAUGCAAGCCUGCUCUGCUGCCAACACUAGGGGCUUUACCACUGACCCAAAAUCAGAUUUCAUUUGAAGACUUGGAUGCUGAUGACGAAUGUUCAGCGUUGGAGGAAAUCAGUGAUGAAGAAGCUGUCGGCAUCUCUAUUCCUCCUUCUAUUCCUCCAGCCUCAAACUCUCUUCAGGACUAUGUUGACAAGUCGGAGACACUUACAAAGCUGGUCCAGCUUGGGGUAUGUUUGUGGAAGCUGGAGCGAAGGCCCAAUGUUGGCUCCAUGUUGCUUAGACUUGAUUUCAGCAAAGACGUAGCACCUUGGCUAUUGUUUCUGAAGGAGAUUGGAGUGGAGGACUCGCGCUUGGGCUAUAUUAUCUCUCACAACCCAUUCAUUCUCUCUGAGAAUUUGGACAACCUGCAGGCCAGGGUGAACUAUCUAAAGUCAAAGAAGUUCAGUUCAGAAACUGUUGCAUCUAUGGUCUCCAGAGCACCAUAUCUACUUAACUUCAGUGUGAAGAGGCUGGACAACAGACUGGGUUUUUAUCAGCAGCAACUCAAACUCAGUGCCUCCAAUACCCGAAAUAUUGUUGUUCGUCUCCCCAAGUUACUGUGUGGCAGCUUGGAGUCUGUUAAAGAAAAUUUGAAGGUGUGUGAAAUAGAGCUUGGAUUUAAGGCAAAUGAGAUCCAGCACAUUGUUAUUGCUGUCCCUAAGGUGUUGACUGCCAAUAAAAAGAAGCUAACUCAGAUAUUUGACUUCCUUCACAACACCAUGAAGGUUCCCAACUACCUGAUCACAAAGUUUCCACAGGUCCUCAACACAAAGUUAUUGCGUCUCAGAGAGCGCCACCAGUUCCUUGAGUAUCUUGGAAAAGCUCAGUACGACCCAAACCUGCCCAGCUACAUCUCCCUGGACCGCUUGGUGUCCCUGCCUGAUGAGGUUUUUUGCACUGAGCUGGCUUCUGCCACCUUGGAAGAUUUUUAUUUGUUCCAAAAGACGCUUUGAUUCCUUAUGAUGGGACAUUGAAAGUGACUUGUGCAGAAAUGACAAAUUAUACUGAAGUGGAUUCAGGUACAUGUGUGGAUGAAAGUUUUAUAAAUAUGUUUAUAAAAAUUAUUCAUGUCAACUUCUGUGCUAAAAUGAUCCUAACAUGAUUAACAAGAAUAAGAUUAUAAAUGAUUCAUGUGCAGUUAUAAUUACAUCUUCCCUAUCUGCAGAUUAAAUGUAUAAGUUUAUGUACGUUAAACAGGAUUUGUACUAAAAAUAUUUAAAUGUAAUGGUGAUUAUAGUUAAACUUUCUUUCUCAUGUUAUGUAUGGUUCUGUUUCACAACUGUUUAAUUCAAUUUUCUACCAUCAGGAUGUCUCUCUGUCUGCUGCACAUUUUAACUGUUCAAAAAUCACGUUGAAACUUUGUUCUGUACUCUAUUCAAUGCAAUUUUUUUCUUUUUUUUCAAUACAUUUUCAGCUUUA